ACACACACUCAAGCGCGCACGCAGAGUACAGCGACCUAACACCGCCUCUGCUGCCUCUCCCGUUACAGCUCAGCGAUCGAGUUACGCGGCCGGGGAAAAUGUUGCAGUAGCGAGAGAGAGAGAGAGAGAGAGAGAGAGAGAGAGAGAGAGAGAGAGAGAGAGAGAGAGAGAGAGACUGCAGCAUCGCUCGAGACCGGCAGCAGCAGCAGUCCCAAGCAGUGCAGGUGAGAGGGAAAAAAAGCCAGAGGAGGAGGAGGCGCAUGUGGAGGAGAGAGUGAGAGAGAAUGCGGGACUCUUGGAAAAAAGACGCAUCUACACUCAGUCCAUCCAUCCCGGACACAGGCUGCACAGGAUUACGCUAAACUGAUGAUGCAGUUGGGAUCUCCCUUUUAGCCCAUCAAGAGAGGCUCAUAUUUUCUGUAGUGUGAGAGGAGAAACCAGAGAAACUCGCUCUCAAAAGCACUCUUGUCUCCUCAUAACUUACGUGAAGGAAUCCGACGGCUUGGCACGUUUCUUCCACUGCGGGGAAAAUAAGAGGAAAAGGCAUCUGGAUCAGAAGGUAAGAAGAGAUCCAGUCACAGCACCCCAAAGACUUUUAACAAACUGAUUUUUUAAAUCCUCUUUUGGGGAUGUGAGUUAUUUUUUCUCGCCGUCCGGAGAGCCGUGUUGUGUUUUUUCCCUUCUCCCUCUCUCUUUUGUGCUGUGCUGCAUUGCAGUUUCUAACUGUGAAAACGCCAGAAAAGCCGGUGUCCCAAAUGUGACUGGAAUAAAAAGAACUUACAAAUGGCAUUAUGAACUGAUAAGCGUCCUCGUGUGACUAUACGGGAUAGCUCGGGAAAGAAAGGAGUGAGGAAGAGUGAAGUGGAUUAAUCAAAGCCUGAUUAAUUAGUUUCUUUUUUUUUUAGCUGCAUGAUGGAUUUUUUUAUACCUAGGUGGCCUCAACAGCCCACAGAAAGCGACAUUGUUAUUAUAGAAGUUGAACUGAACAAGCACUAUUGACUAAAGGAGGAGAAUAAAAGAAAGGAGCCUACACCGCUGAAGCGAAGUACAGAAAGAGUGCGGAAGCUUUUCUCCGGACCUCUGGCGGCAGCCCGCAGAGAGCGAUAGGGGGAAGAAGGCAAGGAAGGAUAAAUCAAACACCCACGCUGCGAGGUACAACAGACCACAAAACAGCAAUAAAAAGAAAAGACGAGCCGCAGCUCGGAGGCAGAUACAGCUUGGAGGAGAGAGGCGUGAGGAAGAAGGAAGCCAUGCAGAGGCUUGGUGCAGUGCACUCCUCCGCGGCGCAGGCUCUCAGCCUCGUGGUCUUAGUGCUGCAGCUGCUGACUCAGCUACCGGGUGCCGACUCAGCUCUUCGGUACCGGGUGGCGGAGGAGGGCCCACCUGACGUCAAGAUCGGAAAUGUUGCAGCCGACCUGGGCCUCACAGCGGGUACAGGAAGUGGGGAUGUCACCUUCGCCCUGGAGAGCGGCUCAGAGUUCUUCAAGAUUGACAAUGUGACUGGUGAGCUGACAACAGGGCCACGGCGCAUCGACCGAGAGAAGCUCCCACAGUGUCAGAUGAUAUUUGAUGAAAAUGAGUGCUUCUUGGACUUUGAGGUGUCAGUGAUAGGACCGCUGCAGAGCUGGGUAGACCUGUUUGAAGGCCGUGUAGUCAUAACAGACAUCAAUGACAACACACCUUCCUUCCCCUCACCUGUGCUCCAGCUGUCAGUUGAGGAGAAUCGCCCAAUAGGAACCCUCUACCUGCUGCCCACAGCUACAGACAGGGAUUUUGGGCGAAAUGGCAUAGACCGCUAUGAGUUGAUCCAAGAUGGUGCAGCUGGGUCAAGUUCAACAAGACGCUCAGCAGGAGGAAACCCCAUUACCAGAGUGGAUGGCCUUGGGGACCGGAGGGGUAGAAGUGGAGAUAGUGGAGGAGGAGCUAGAAGCACUGUGUUUGAACUACAAGUGGCAGAUAUACCAGAUGGUGAAAAGCAACCACAGCUCAUUGUCAAGGGCACAUUGGAUCGAGAGCAAAAGGACUCGUAUGAGCUUGUCCUCAGGGUUCGAGAUGGAGGAAACCCACCACGUUCCUCCCAAGCCCUGCUCCGUGUUUCAAUCACUGAUGUUAAUGAUAACAGCCCACAGUUCGAGAGGUCAACGUAUGAGGCAGAAAUGGCAGAAAAUGCACCCCCAGGUACACCUGUCCUUCAGGUUCGAGCUUCAGACCGUGAUAUUGGAGUCAAUGGGCAGGUGGAGUACGUCUUUGGAGCUGCAACUGAAUCAGUCAGGCGACUUUUGCGGCUAGAUGAGGCAACUGGUUGGCUGAGUGUUCUUCACAGGAUAGACAGGGAAGAAGUGGCACAGUUGAGGUUCACAGUAACAGCCAGAGACCGAGGUCAGCCUCCCCGCACUGACCGCACCACUGUAAUUUUGGCCGUCCGGGAUGAAAAUGACAAUGUCCCAGUGGUAGAGAUUAGAAAGAUUGGACGGAUCCCUGUCCGAGAUGGAGCAGCACUGGUACCUGAGAAUGUUCUGGUGGACACGCCUGUAGCUCUGGUGCAGGUGUCAGACCGAGACCAGGGAGAGAACGGGGCUGUGACGUGUACAGUUGUAGGAGACGUCCCAUUCACAUUGAAGCCAGCUGGUGAAACAGCUCUCCCGCCACUACCAGCAGAUGAAGCCUUUGACAGGAACAAGAAAAAAUACUUCUUGCAUACCUCUGCCUUGCUCGACUAUGAGGUCACCAAAGAGUACAGUGUCACCAUUGUGGCUGUAGAUUCUGGCAGCCCCAGUCUAUCCAGCAACAGUUCACUGAUGGUGCGAGUAGUAGACAUCAAUGACCAUGCUCCAACCUUCGCCCAGAGUGUCGUGGAGGUCCACUUUGCUGAGAACAACUCACCAGGUGAACGGGUCGUCACUGUGGUCGCCACAGAUGCUGACAGUGGCAAGAAUGCAGAGAUAGCAUACUCCCUGGACUCAGCUCCUAAUGGACCGUUUUACAUAGACGCGGAUAAUGGAGAUAUUCGUGCCACUGGGGUUCUGGAUCGCGAGCAGCGAGAGAGGUAUGAACUCCGGGUUAUUGCCAAGGACAAGGGUACACCCUCUCUGCAAGGUUCUGCAACUGUUGUGGUUCAGGUGACUGACCGCAACGACAACGCACCAAAGUUUGUUCAGGAAAUCUUUACUUUCUAUGUGAAGGAGAACUUGCUUGCCAACAGCCCAGUUGGCAUGGUCACAGUGACUGAUGCUGACGAAGGCGAAAAUGCAGAGCUCAGUUUAUUUGUGGAGAUGGAUGGAGCAGAUGACAAGAAAACAGAAGAGAAGUUGGAAGGGGAAGACGGACAGAAAGAGCGAGAGGAGGUGUUUUCCAUUGAAAACAACACAGGAACUAUCUUCUCUUCUGCAUCGUUUGACCGUGAAAAACUUUCCACCUACACCUUCCGUGUCCGAGCUGUGGAUGGAGGAGAGCCCCGAAAAACUGCCACAGCAACCGUCUCGCUGUUUGUGACGGAUGAAAACGAUAAUGCCCCUUCAAUCACAUCUCCAGCCAAUGAAUCCUACACCCUUCUUCCACCUGCCAGCAGUGCUCGCACCAUUGUCAGGACAGUAACGGCUUUAGACUCUGACACUGGCCCUAAUGCUGACCUUAACUACGCCCUGAUUGGGGGAAACCCCUUCAGACUGUUUGAGAUUGGCCACACCAACGGAGUGAUCACCCUGGCUGAACCUUUGGAGCGACGUCACAGGGGUCUGCAUCGCCUGGUGGUCCGGGUCAAUGACAGUGGGGUCCCGUCGCUCUGUGCCACUGCUCUGGUUCAUGUCUUCAUCAAUGAGAGCUUGGCCAAUGCCACUCUGGUGGACGCACAGGUGGCCAGAAGUCUGAUGGCUCCACUCUCACUGGACAUUGCAGGGGACCCAGACAGCGAGCGAGCAUUAGGGAAACAACGCCUCAGUGUAGCUAUUGGUGUCCUGGCGGGAGCCGCAGCGGUCAUCCUGGUCAUCCUCCUCGUAGUCACAGCUCGGCAGUGUGGUGCCCAGGGUAAGAAUGGCUAUGAGGCUGGAAAGAAGGAGCCAGAGGAAGACUUCUUUAGUCCUCCCGGGGCUCAACCACAGGUCAGCCGUGGCAGGGGAUCAGACCGCGGACGCAAACCUCGCAGAGACAAACGCAACGGAAGCGGCGGAGGUACUAUUGUAGGAGGAGGGAAGUCAGACAGAUCGCUCUACAGCGGUAUUGUCACUGUCAAUGGGCUACGACGCCAUGCCAAUGAUGAUGACGAGGAGGAUUUGAGCAGUGCGAGUGAGCGCCUGGCUGCCCGCUACUGUGUUGUGGAUGGUGACCCCGGCAGCCCACGGAUGAGCGGUGGAAGGAGACAUCAGUCAAGCCCAGAUCUGGCCAGGCACUACAAAUCCAGUUCACCUCUCCCUGCCGUGAAUCUACAGCCUCACUCACCACCAGCAGAGGGAAAGAAGCACCAAGCGGUCCAGGACCUGCCUCCUUCCAACACCUUUGUGGGCAGUGGUGGUUGUGUGGGGAGUGCCGGCUCCAGCAGCAGCAGUAGUGGGGGCAGUGGAAAUGCCGAUGCCAUGUCCCUUGGAUCUGACCAGUGCUCAGAGUAUGGCUGCCAGACUGGGAACAAGUACAGCAAACAGGGGACCCUUCGCCGGGUAACCUUCUCAGUAGUCAGCCAGCCCCAGGACGGCGGUUGCUAUGACAGUGGUCUGGAGGACUCGGAGACGCCGAGCAGCAAGAGCUCAUCAGGGCCGCGGCUGGGAGCCCUGCCGCUGCCUGAGGAGGGCUACGAGAGAACCACACCGGAGGGCAGUGUGGGGGAAGAAGAGCAUGUGGAGAAUGAUGCCAGACAGCUGCCAGACGUAGCUCUGACAGGAAAGUGCACCAGGGAGUGUGAUGAGUUUGGCCACUCGGACACUUGUUGGAUGCCCGUUCGUCGUUCGCCUCGGCGCCAGCGCCAUGGCAGUGACCCCCCACGGCUGUCCACCUUCGCCCCCGGAGACGACAACAACAAUCUCCGAGGUAAUGACCACGAGAGUGACAGUGAGAGCGCCGGCAGCGCGGGGAGCUCAGAACCUGGGGUGGUCAGCGGCGAGGCUCAGAGGUUACCCUUAGCCAAUGGGGAUCCUCUCGGCACCCUGGGGAGGGGAGACCGCAACAGGAACAUGGGUGAUCACAACCGUAACCUUCUGAACCGCAAGAUGACUUCCGCAUCCUAUGACACAUUCAGUAGCGCAGGCUUUGGGAGGCGCCAGCCAGAUGAGGAAGGAGGAGAGGGCCAGAACCAAGCAGAGGUUAUACCACUGACGCGGACAGGAGGGGACUACAAGACCACGUCCUGCCUCACAUUGUCACGCCGCGAGGUCUACCUGUGACAGCCCUGCAAAGGAGCAAUCAUCACUACGACAUCUCUCUCUGAAAAAGAGGGAGGGUUAAAACCUUACUGGCAGGUCAUCAGAUUGGACGGCCUUUUAAACAUGUGAAGAUGAGAAAAUGUCAGAAAAGAUAAGCUAUAUAUCAAAUUGGAACUUUUGGAUUCUGACUAAUAUUUAUAGGCACUUAAACUUAAGCGAGUGAUGAAUCAACUCUUCGGUGAGCUCUGACUUUCUAAAAAAGAAACCUUUUUUAACUACUGCUGAAAGUUGCCCGCAGGCAAUGAUCCUAUUAUGUCCAUGUGUGAGUGUGGAGGAGGAUAACUUCAUCUCCUCUUCUUUCUACCUGAAUCCAAUGCAUGCCUGACCCUCUGCCACAGAGUGGUCCGUGUGAAGAAGAGGAGAUUGAGACUGAGUAAAUCCUGAUGCUAUAAAUGACUCGGUUCUUACAAAAAAAACUAUCACCGAGGCUCCAGCAGGCAAGAUUUGGACUCAACUGGUGAACCAUCUGCUGGAAAACCACUGAGGUCUUAUCCACUCAGAAUAGAUGAGGAGAAGUUAACAGGUCUUUGAUUGAGCUAUUUGGAUGUAAUUCAAGCCAAUCAAACUUUUUAACGCCUAAUCAACUCUAUCAUAACACAAGAUGGGGAUAUUAACCAAUCAAACUACUGAGAAUCUUACAAGUCAUAAACAAGGUAUGAAAACACCGACAAAGGUGCAAUUACUGUACAGAUACACUGUAGAAAUAAAGUGCUGAUCAAAAAUCAGGUAUUGUUCUUGAACUCAAACUGUAACAAUGUGAGAAAAGAGACUUUUUUUUACAGUAAUCAAAUGUAACCAUUCAGAAAACAAGGUUCUCAAAGCGUGUCAGUAGUGCCACAGUGUGAAAUAUGUGUUUAUUGUUUUGCCUUCACACCCAGUCUGUAUGUAUAUAAUGUAUGUGUGUAUUUGAUAAAAAAGGCAGUGUUAUCUUUCUGCUGCUGUCUAACAUUUCAGAGUAGACUGAGGUGCUGAAUCACUGCACACCUACUGUAUCCUGACAUUGUUCAUGUAUCGUAUACGUUCUUUCAAACACACAAACACACACACAUACACAUACAAGCAUGCACACACUUACACACACAGACGUAAGCAUGUAGACUCAAACUCAUACAGUGCAUUUACAGAAUGUGAAUAUGCAUAAGGCCACACUUUAUGACAUGAUUCCGUGGCUUUGUAACAUAAUUUAUAUGAUAACUUGCAUUCACUUUCAUACAUAAAUACACACUCACACACAUGUACAACAUAUUAAAACAUAAGUAGAACGAUAAAUCCAUAUUUAGAUAUGCGAAAAAUCAUAUGCACUAUGUGUGUAUGUGCUCUUAUCAUAAUUUUUUAACAUAUUGCCUCUCAUUGAUCUAGCUGUAGCAUUUUGCCUGCUCCCCUCAAGCCAGUAUUUAAACAUGAAAUGUAUUUAAAUAACUAUUCAUCUCUCUGACUGAUGUGUGGGGCGACAUUAAAGGGAAUUUCAAACAUGACAUCUACUGUAUGUAAUGAUAAGACAAUGUGGGAAUAUGAGAUAUUCCACAAACUGUAAGUAGGACUCAUAGAAAAACCAAAUUUGUGUAAGAAAAAAAGGAUAAAAGAAACAAGGACUCUGCAUGAAAGACAGAUAAUGCUAACUUAUUUUCCUCUCUUUUUAAAACCACACGCCUUUUUGUAUACCACGCCUAUUUGGAUACAUCUGUGCUAUAUGUGUGCGCUAAUGGGGAAAAGAAGAUAAUGAUGGUGGCAAGGGAGUAAGCUACAGUGGAUCAAACAGUUCCUUCUAUUGUUCAGUGAGUGUCGGGGUUAACCUUGGGCCUCCAAUCUCACUUUCCCAGGUCAGGGGUUGGCUCAAAGCGUGCCGCAGGCUGCUACAAAUAAGAACACAAUGUAGUGCGAAGGUUGAGUUCUGCUGCACUCCUUUUCACACCCCUGAACACGCCCAAAAACUGCUAUGCUGAACGACACAGAUAACAGGCUCCUUCACGUUCGUCCUUCCCAGCAGCUACUGCUCAACUCCACAUCCACUCUGCUGCACUGGGCUGAAGAGUGGGUGUGGAUCGAGGCCAGCACAUCUUAAUUCCCAUCAUCAGUGUGUGGUUCAGUGGUGUGAUAGGGAUAAUAGGGUUAGGUCGUCCCUGUGGUCUUAAUGAGUUUCCUUUCUCCUCUCUUGAUCUGCACUGAUCUCAUUAAUGUCUGGAUUGGCGAAUGUAACACAUGCUGGAAAAUGCCAGAAAGUGUGUCCCUUCUUUUUCUGCUUCUUUGGGAUCAGAUAAGGGGAAUGAGACAUGCUUGUUAAAAAUGUGCUACAUUCUAGAUUAAAGAUCUUUUAACUGAAGCUUGCACAGUGUUUAUCAGUAAAAGAGAGCAACACUCAGGUACGAUUUGUGACAAUGUUUAACUACUUCUGGUAUUAAGCCACAUACAAACCCUCUCACUGUUGCUGCUUGACUAUCCUGAAGCUGAAAGAUUCAUUUGUGGGAGGAGUGAAGUACUAGUGUCCAGUUUUGCAACAGUAAUAGGGUGUACUCUAGCCAAGUAGAUGAGUGCUGAGUGCAUGAUAACUUUGUAUACCUGUACAUGACUUCAACUUCACCACUCCGACACUGACCCCUUUUAGCUCGUUUUAGGCCACUGAUGUACUUACUCCCUAAGCCGUCAUUGCCCUCAAAUCCCCAGCAUGGCUGUUUACUGAGCUCUGUUAUUGAGAGACUGUGCUAAGGAUGAAAGAAAACCCAAGGCCUCAACAUGUGGAGUUAAUCUGUCCGUGGAGUGUUCACAUUGAAAAGGGAUUGGUGAAAACAAUCACAAACAUCCUGCAGGGUACAGACGCUGAGAGACAGAAGGACACACUCUCUUUUCUCUGGGAGAAAGAGUCCAGAUAACUGGGUUUAAUCCCACAAAAAGGUCUUGAAGAAGUAACGUCCACUUUGUCUGUUUUUGGAAGAGACUCUUGACACAGCCCUGCUUCUUCAACGUGGCAGAUAUUUUCUUCAAACUGCUGUUUUAAGGCAGUUCCAUUAUGGCACCUUUCAAACCCUUCCAUCUGGAUUUAAGGGAACUUGUAAAUGAACCUGUGUGGGUGUGUAUCUUUUUUAUACUGCACGUUUAAACAUGAAUAUGUUUCAGUCUACUGCAAAACACAGAGGGGAGACAGACAGAGAAGAGUGCGACGUCUGAGAUGCAUCACCCACUAAAAUCGAGACUUUUUAGAAAACAGACACUUCAGCGCACACCAUGAACCUGUCAUCCCCCUCGUGCUGUUUCUCUUAUAGCCAUGUACAGAUAAAACUACACUGUAGAAACAGACAACUGGAAACCAUAACAGACUAUGGCAUGCUUAAGGUCUUUGAAUCUGCACUUGAGAAGAAAAUGAGAAAAAAAACUGUUAUUUUUAUUUGCCUCUUCUUUGUUUUCUUUUCUUAUGGGGCUGGCUCUGUUUUUUGUUUUUUUCCGCUGCCCCUUUCCUGUAAUUACUUAAUGAACUAAUUGCAUUUGCUAUGAUGAUGAGGAAGAGGAGCUGUGGAUGAAAGGUUUGGUACAAAGCUGAAUCAUGUGAAAGUUUGACUUUGACAUUAAAAACUUCAAACACU